AUGUCCGCGCCGCGGCCGGCUACACACCCCAUGCAGAGCCAUAGCGGCAGCGCUGGCUCAAGCAGUGGUUCGGCGUCCUCUGCACGGUUUACUCCCCAUACAGACUCAGAAGAUGGCCGCGAGAUAACCUUGUCCGAGAGGAUCCGUGGUGAUCACGAUCGUCAGCUAGGUGCUUCGCAAUAUGAUGAAAACUCUGCAUCCGAGGAGGAUGAGGAGGAUGAGGAGGAUGAUAUGCAGCUCACAUCCUCUCCGACGCGGCCAUUGGCAGGCAGACAACAGCAAAGCUAUGAAUUAUAUAGCCCUGACGAGGAGAAAGCAGUCUUGAAAAGGCUAGACAGGCGCCUGGUGCUUUUCAUUGCCCUUCUGUAUAUGUUGUCCUUCUUGGACCGGUCGAACAUUGGCAAUGCUAAGGUAGCGGGGCUAUCGAGGGAUCUUUCAUUGAGCUCUUCCCAAUACGAAAUGCUACUCACAGUAUUCUACAUUACAUACAUCUUGUUCGAGUGGAUGACCCUGCUGUAUCGCGUUUUCCCGCCACAUAUAUACAUCUCCCUUUGCGUCCUGUCUUGGGGUUUACUGGCCUCUCUCCAGUCCAUCGCCACAUCCUUCAGCUCCCUUCUCGUCCUUCGCGCGCUGCUUGGUAUCAGCGAAGCAGCCUUCGGGCCUGGCGUCCCUUUCUACUUAUCCUUCUUCUUCCGGCGGGACGAGCUUGCUCUUCGAACCGGUCUCUUCAUCUCUGCCGCGCCCUUGGCGACAUCUUUCGCAAGUACCCUUGCAUGGCUCAUCACAAAAUUAGGAGAAGGUGGCCCAAUAGCGCCAUGGCGGCUGCUGUUCCUUGUUGAAGGGUUUCCGAGUAUCUUCGUUGCCGUCUAUGCUUGGAGCAUCAUACCUGAUGGUCCAGAUACUGCAGGAUGGCUGAGCCCACGGCAAAGGGAGGUUGCUACCUUGAGGUUGCGGAGUGAAAGGGAAGUACGAGUCGCAGAGGACGACAAGAAGGGAAGCAGAUCCAGACAUGUCCGGAUGAGAGCGCUGGAUCUUAGAGAGGUCCUACAGACAUUGGCUGAUUCGAAGUGCUAUUUAACUGCAUUGAUGUUCUUCAGCUGCAAUGUAGCUUUCAGCUCUCUGCCUGUCUUCCUACCGACCAUCAUCCAUGAGAUGGGCUAUACUGCCUUGGCCUCCCAAGCGCUUUCCGCUCCACCUUACUUCGUUUCCUUCCUGAUUGUUAUCCCCACCGCCAAGCUAUCUGACAAGCUCCGGUCCCGGAGUACAUUCGUGAUCUUCCACGCGUUUGUUGCAGGCACGGGCUACGCUUCGAUGGCAUUGGCCGGCUACUUUCGGUUCUCACCACUCUGGCGGUACUUUGCCAUUUAUCCAGCUGCUGCAGGCUUCUUCAGCGCGAUCACCAUCAUCAUCACAUGGACAAUCAACAACCAAGACUCCGACGAGAAGAAGGGUACAGGCGUUGCAAUGCUCAACAUCAUCGGCCAAUGCGGGCCGCUUGUGGGAACGAGGCUCUACCCGGACAGCGAUAAGCCAUAUUACGUCAGGGGAAUGGCGGUUUGUGCUGGCUUUAUGCUGGCCGUCGGGUUACUGGCUGUGGUGUUAAGAUGGGUGUUGCAAAGGGAGAACGCGAAGGGGCGGAGACGUGAUAAGGACGAGUUCGGGGACGGAGAAGAUGGCAUUCCGCUUGUGGAGGGAGGGGAGCUGCUCGCGCUUGGUUCCAUCAAGAUAGCGGCGCCUGUAAUAGAGACCGCUAUUAGGCAUCAUGCAUCCAUAUGCACGAUACUUACUCAAACAAAGUCGUGA